UACGCAUCAACUCUGACGACAACCCAACGCGGUCAGUUUAUUGCCGCGUCGACCACCAAUGCUAGCCGCGUCGACAAGAACGAAGCUCCAUCUGCGUCUGGAACAAGCCGUCAAGCGUUCGCUGAACGCCGUAGAGGCCGUCAUGAUGCUAAUAAGGAACGGCGAUGGCGGUGUGUCCCGCGCCGCAACACGUGGCAGCUCGUGGUGGCAGCUGGUUUCGCAUACGCGCACCGUACGGUACCCGCAUGCAAGAGCAGCGCGGUUGAUGAGUAUUACUCUGUUUGGCGCCUCUUCUUGCUCUCCUGUCGUGCUGUGUACGUAGCAAGCUCGGACGAGUCGACUGGAGAUGCUAUCGAUCUCAACAUGCUGCGGUCGCCGGCAAUAAUUUGACCUCGCAGAGAAACGCCCGUGGUUGGCACAACGUGCAGGCGCACCCAGAUUCCAGCGCGACGGGCGUGCGCAAGAGAGUUGACUUGCGGAUCAGGCGCGUUGGGUGUCAAAAUGGCCUUUCUGACCAGGAACAUGCUUUCUGAACGUGGGAUUCUGUUGGACCGAUCGUAAGGCAGCUUCCCGGAGGAGGCACGGGCGGGCGCCCAAUAGAUAGGCUUGGACGCGGCUCGGAGCCGCACCCGGUGCACACCGCCUGAUCGACGUGU